AGUCUGGCUUUUCUGGUAAAACACUGGCCCUUUACAGAUUUUAGAUUCAACAUGACCUUUCUUGCCUCUCGCCUGCUGGUCGCGGCGGUCGCCGUGUUGGUGACGCUGCUGCUGCUCUCCACGCCCUCCACCGCCACCCUGCAAACCUUCCUUCAGCAGUACCAGGCCAUUAUGGAGUCGGCGGGGCCCGGCUUCGGCGCGUUCUUCGACGACGCCGUGUCCCUGCCGACCACCUACGUCUGGAGCUGCCAGAAUGCCACGGGCACCGGCGCGACGGUGGCGUACGCAUCGGCCACCGCGCCCUAUCAACUGACGGUGUCCACCGUGGCACUCACCGUGCGGCCCGUCACCCCCAGCCCCACCGUGACGUACGAGCUGCACGGGCACUCGUGCGACUUCUACGGCAGCUGCGGCCCGAUCCAGAUCGGCACCGCGCCCGCCUUCGACGCCGCUCCGAAUCACGUGAUUAUGGUGGUGGGGAAGAUGACGAGCAACGGCGUCGUGAACUUCCUGCCGAUGGCGUACUAUGUCGUGCUGCCCAUCGCCUCCUGCUCCUCCUCUGGCAGCGCGGCGGUGGACACCGUUUUUCGCAGUGACGGUACGGUGACCUUGUAG